CUUGUAAUUUUAAGUCAAACGGGGUUUGACCAGGGAAGGCACUUGCCCUCCCGCAUCAUCAGCCGUUCAUUUGAGAGGCCUUUCGCCCUCUCACGGUCUCACCCGAUCCGAACCAAACAGCCAAAGAUCUGGUCGGGUUUACGAAGCUCCAGCUUUCGAUACACCAGACACAGUUUGUUGCCUCCUCCUCCCUCCUCUGUGCCUUCGAAAAUCUGUCUGUCAGAAGCUCCCGCAACUCUCGCAUCCUUCCCGCUGAAGCUCAGCUGAAUCUACUGAACCGGAUAAAUUGGGGGUGGGGCGCGGGUCAGUGCCUGUUCAGAGAGUCCAAGGAGGGGAAGAAUGGUCAACUCGGCAGCUACCUGCCUGAGCUGAACGGCGCCAGCUCGAAGCACGUCCUUUGAUGGGGUCGGAGCUGCUGCUCGCUAGCUGAAAGGAGCUUCAUUCAGCGUGCUCCCUCCUGCUGUUGGGUGUCUUUUACCUGCUGGGUGCCUUCUCUGUCGCGCUUCGGAGUUUUGAGGUCGGGGGUUUCUAGUUGAAGAUAAAGUUUGCUGCUUUCCUGCUUGCGGUUGGUCGACUCAGACAAGGGGGGAAUUUGAGGUUAGGCUGUUUGGUUUUUGCUUUCUGGGUGCUCGAGAAUUGUGGGUUUGUAGCCGAUUGGUGCCUAGGGUUUCUGUUCAUUGUGAAAAGGGGAAACUUUUCAAUUUUCACAGGCUCGGGUAUGGCUUCUAGGGUUUCGAAGUGUUGAAAGAGAAUAGAGAAAAUAGAGAGAGAUGUUUUAUUCUCAGUUCAUUUUGGCUAAGAAAGGUCCGCUAGGGACCAUCUGGAUUGCUGCCCAUUUGGAGAGAAAGCUCCGCAAGAACCAGGUUGCUGAUACUGAUAUCGGUGUCUCUGUAGACUCGAUUAUUUUCCCCGAAGUACCGAUUGCCCUCCGCCUGUCUAGUCAUCUCCUGCUUGGAGUGGUGAGAAUAUAUUCUAGAAAGGUCAAUUACCUAUUCGAUGAUUGCAGCGAAGCUCUGCUUAAGAUAAAGCAAGCUUUUCGCUCCACUGCUGUUGACUUGCCACCGGAAGAAUCUACUGCUCCAUAUCACUCCAUAACUCUGCCUGAGACUUUUGAUCUCGAUGACUUUGAGCUGCCAGAUAAUGAAAUAUUUCAGGGUAACUAUGUUGAUCAUCAUGUUAGUGCAAAGGAGCAGAUUACGCUACAAGAUACAAUGGAUGGGGUUGUAUACUCCACGUCCCAGUUUGGUCUGGAUGAGCGGUUUGGUGAUGGUGACACUUGUCAGAUUGGUCUUGACCUGAAUGAGCAGGAAGCUCUAUUGGGAAAGGCAGCCACUCCGGCCGCCACUCCGAUGAAUGAUGGAGCUUUCGAUGAUGACCCUCAAUCAUCUCUUCCCCCAAUGACACCUUUUGAGGCAGAUGAUAACAAUGAUGGCAGCAUGGCCGAUGGUUCGAAAAUCAUAUCGGAGAAUUAUGGUGGAAAUCAGGCUGAAAUUCUAGACACAAAGCCUGAAUCGAGUGAGUAUGCUGAGGCUCCAGCUACUCCUAUGUUAGUGGAAGAGGCCAACUUGUCAAGUGUCCAGGAGGCACUUGUAUCUGAUGAUCACUUGGAGUCUGAAGCUCACAACGUUCAUGGUGAAAUGGAAGUAAAAGAAGCCGAGACAAAGGGUUACUCAGAGCCAGCUUCAGAGUGUGUCAAACGUGCCUCAGAAAAUGGUGCUUUGCAUUCUCCUAAUCACCCUGAGCCAGAGAAGCCCAUGUUGUCUGCAUCACAGUGUCCGAACGGAGUAAUGGUGCUAGAAAGUGCUGAUGGGAUCCAGAAUGGAAUUGAAGGCAAUGAGGGAACAAACAUUUGCAUUGACCGUCAAACUGAAACACAAAACACAGAAAAGUUAGAAGCAAGGCCUGAUGAAAAUGCUGCUUCCCCUAUGUCUCUUGAAGUAGAAAAACGCAGUCCUAUCAUGGGUGAUGGAGCUGCAGAAAUGGCAGAUUCCCCCAAAAAAUCAUCAGAAGAUGCAGUUGGUCAGUUGGGGUCACUUCAUUCACUUGGGGUUGCUGAUGGAGUGGAAUUCUGUGAGGAACUAAAGGAUCAUGAAACUAGCUCUGUUUUACCAAAAGAUAAGCAAUCUAAGUUCAUUCAUGGGCUCCAGCCCUGCAAUUCCAAUGUUAGUCAUCAGAACAAAUCAGUGCUUGAAGGAGAUCAGCAAUGCUCUGCAGAUGAUGUUACCGGAGUUGCUGUUAAUGAGAAUCAUGUGAUAGAACCUGCUUCGAAUGGAAAAGUGCAAACAAAUGCUGGAGAAUUACUCGAUCAAUUUUACAGUGAAGCUCUGAAAGAUAUAUCAGGAAAUGACAACAGUACUGUCAAUUUGGACCCACCUGCUCCAGAAACAUUGCUAUCUGCAUCAGACUUCGUCGCUGAUAAGCCAAAUGAUUUGCUUGUGGAGUCAACUCCAAACAAGGAAGGUCUGGAGGAAGGAUUAAAGCAAAUUUCAGGAAGGAAACGUAGUCUAACUGAAAGUGCAGUGACGAUGCAGAGUAACUCAUUGGAAACCUUUGGUUUAUCUCAAUCUAAGCGAACAGGAGAGUCAAUUCCCGAUGAUGAUGAUUUGCUUUCUUCCAUUUUAGUUGGAAGAAGGUCCUCUGUUUUGAAAAUGAAGCCUACUCCAGCGCCACUUGAAGUCAUCUCCUCAAAGCGUCCUCGGAUGUCUCAGCGUGCUAGUGCCUCCAAAAGGAAGGUGCUUAUAGAUGAGACCAUGGUCUUGCUUGGCGAUAUGAUAAGGCAACAAUUGAUGAGUACUGAAGACUUGCGUCGCGUGCGAAAGAAAGCUCCUUGUACCCUGUCGGAGAUAUCAGUGAUUCAGAGGCAGUUUCUGGAGGAUGAAAUUUUUGGUGAACCAACCCUUGCUGGUUUGUCGAGGGAAUUGUUUUACAUGCACAAAGAAACAUAUGAUGUCAGUGGAACAAAGGUUUGUGAAGUUGAUGGAGUUAUUGCUCCUGCUGAAGUUACAAAGGAGUCUUCUGUCAGGUCUGAUGUCACUCUAGAAAGCGAAAAGGGUAGCCACGGAACUUUGCCAGUUAGAGAUGAUGGGGAAGUGCAAGCUGCUGAGACUCUUCCACGUGAUCAGAACCAUCAAGAUGAAGAGUUUGCCACUGACUCCCUCAUUACUGACUCCGAAGUGCUCAUAGCUCGACAUGAAUCUUUUGAUAUGGCAAGUAAAAUGGACAUGGAUGAAGGGAAAGCAGAGGGAGCUGAUGCACCGAGUUUCUCUGUUGUUUCUGAGCUUGAUAUGGCAGCCCCUGAUGCAGUUCCUGAAGAUAGGUGUAAUGUGCCAGACAACUUGGCUACCGAGGCAAAUUUGGUGGAACAAGAGGGUGUUGCUGGUGAACCUCACCUUUCUCCUCAUCAUACUUUGAAUGAACAUCCUUCAGUGAAGGAUUCUUCAGAAGCCAAUGUGCUCAUAGAAGGAGCGGAUGCAGUUGCCGAACAUUUUGCUCAUGUUGCUGAAGCUGAACUUCAUACAGGAAUUGCUGGUAUAGUUGAUGCAGUUACCGAUUUUCCAAUGGAGCAUGGCAUUAUUCCGAGUGAUCUUGUGUACGUAUCAAGUGGAACAGCAUUGGCAGCACCAGAAGAACAGGAUAACCUGAUUUUGAUGGAAAACACUGAAGAUGCUGAGAGAUUCGGAAAUUCUAAUGUGGAUGCUGUGGGUGGGGCUGAUAUCGGAAGCAGCAGCAUACCAAAGGAUGACUUUAGGCACUCCGUCGAACAUGAGGGAUAUACAGAUAAUACAUCCCUGGUUGGUGAUGAGGAGGCACGCUUCCAUGAGGAUCUGGGAGGCAGGGAUAUAGAUGCAGAUGGCCGUGAUGAUCUUGAAAAUACUGGAAUUGGAAACGACACAGAAUUCUUGAAUGUGGAUGAUGAUGAAGUAGAUGAAGAUAACGAACAUCUGUCUGAUGCUGAGGAUUCUCGACUUCUAGACAACAGCGGAUGGUCUUCUCGCACAAGGGCCGUCGCAAAGUACCUGCAGACAUUGUUCGACAAGAAGGCUGUACGUGGGAAGUCAACCUUGCCCAUGGACAGCUUGUUGGCUGGUAAAACUCGUAAGGAAGCAUCAAGGAUGUUCUUUGAAUCCUUGGUUUUAAAGACGAGGGACUACAUCCAAGUGGAACAGGUGAAGCCGUUUGAUAACAUCAAUUUGAAGCCCGGGUUGAAGUUGAUGAAAUCGCAGUUUUAAUUCAAGUACCAUAUAUGUAGAGGCCUUUCCUGAUUGUAGUGUUGGCGUCGGUGUAGCUCAGCUUAUAGUUUUCGCUUAAAUAUGUAGGUUUAUUGUUCCAUAGUGGCUGUUUCACAUUGUGAUUGAUAAUGUCGCAUCUCUUUUAUCCGCCUCCGACCUUUUGGUGUCACCAUAACUUGGGGUGUAGUAGCAUUAAUGUUCUCUGGGAAGGGCAAGCGGCACCCGUCUAUGUAGCAUCUGCUUGUUCUAACUGUUGUCAUAACAUUAUGUGUAAAUAUCUGUAAAAAUAGCUUACAUAAGGCAAACUUUGAUUGAAUAUUAUGGCCAAUUUGAUUGUUCUUAAAGA